AUGGAGAAGUACAGAAGGAUAAGGAAGAUUGGAAAGGGAAAUUUUGGAGAUGUUUGGUUGGUGGAAGAUAACAAAGGGAGAUAAUAUGCUAUGAAAAGAAUAGAUUUGCAAUUUGAUACCGUGGAUCCUCAAAAUGAAGUCAACAUUAUGAAAGUUCUCAAGCAUCCCAACAUAAUCAAGUUUUAUGAUUCCUUCGAACAUAAUGACAAAUUGUGCAUUAUCAUGGAAUACGCCAAAAAUUGUAAGAGUCUCGACCAUAUCUAAGCUGAUCUUUCAAUAUACAUUAAAACUAAAUAGCCAGACAUCCUGAACUAUUUUACUCAAUUAUGUUUGGGAGUCCAAUAUUUGCAUUAACAACAAAUAGUUCACAGGGAUAUUAAAUUGAGGAAUGUCUUCAUUACUGAUGAUGGAAUUAUUAAAUUGGGUGAUUUCAGUAUCUCGAAAAAAUUGAUCGAUCUCUCUACUAAUACAACUUUAGGAACUCCAUACUAUUUGUCUCCUGAAAUUUGUCAAUCCAAAAACUACAAUUCCAAAACUGAUAUCUGGAAUUUGGGCUGUUUAUUAUACGAGUUAUGCACACAACAAAAGCCAUUUCAAGGAGAUUCCCUUCCUGCCAUUCUUAAUACUAUUAUCAAUGGCCAAACUCCUCAAUUGAACGAAGCUUUUCCCAAGUUCUAUUAAGAUAUCCUCAAUGGCACUCUGCAGAAAAAUCCAGAUCUUCGACCAGAUAUAGAACAACUGCUCAAUAUCCCUUAAAUUAAAGAAGAACAAAUCAAACUGUAAGUGCUUUAUAAAAGUAAAGGACUAUUAAAUAAAAGGAUAUGUCCUAUUGAAUGUCCAGGCUUUGAUGAAAAAUAAUCAGACAAACCAAUUCUCACCAAAGAUAUGGCUAAGAUCCUUAAAUAAUCCAUUACUCCUCAAUAUCGAUAAACCUAAUUGGGAUUGUAAAACAUAUUCUCAGAAUGUGUCUCACCAAAUAACAAUUACUGCUAAGUUCAGAAAAAGCCAUACAAAAAGAUUAUGACCAUUAAUACUUAAUUAGACGAAAAAGUAGAAUAGGAAAUCACACAAAAGAAACCCUCUUUUGCCAAAUUGCUUUUCAAUCCCAAAACACCUACAUCCCCAAAUAGAAAUAUAUUAUUGGCAGACUUCUUGAAAAAUAAGUUAGGAUAGGAAGUAUUUUAGAGGAUGAAGGAUUUGCUAGAGAACAGCAAAGAUCCUAUAUAAUUAUUGGAGAAUCGAGAAGAAAUGAUGCAAAUUUUAGGGGAAUAAAAUUUAGAUUGCAUCAAAAUAUUUAAAAUACUAAUAUGUAACAGUAUGACUCCCCCAAGUAGUCAUUUUAGAACAAUGAGUGCUUCCUAUCAAUUCAUUACUUAGAGAAUUAAAACAGUCAAUAGUCAUGAGAAUAAUCUUCAAACAUCUGCAUGGGAUGAAUAGUUUUGA